UUGAGCUUGAAACUAAGCGAGCAAUCAAGCUCAAAGAAUUGGAGCUUGUGCUCAAAACCAAAUCACCUGUUCACCCCUCAGCUGCUGAUGUGCCUAGUGUGACCGUGUCUGUGUCGUUACCCAUCAGUGCUUACACUCCAAGUCCCAUUCCUGCACCUCGACGCAACCCACAAGAAAGUCAACCUGAAUUUGAUGUUAGACAACAAAUUGCACUAGUACCACUGUUUCGAGAAAUAUCAUUGGGUGAAACGGAGUCAAAGCAUAUUCGGAUCCUCCGUGAUACUGGUGCUGCCCAAUCGUUUAUCCUACAAAAUGUGUUGCCAUUCUCUGAACAGUCAAGCUGUGGUUCUAAUGUGCUGGUACAAGGGAAGGUUAAACUGGCAGUCCAAGCACAGUUACCUGUUAAAGGUGUGUCACUCAUUCUUGGUAAUGAUCUGGCAGGGUUUUUAUUGAUUGAGGGAAUGGCAAAUGGAAAAGAAGAGAACGCAGCACUUUGGGGUAAAACUAGUGAGUCAUCAGAUUAUGGAUUCUGGCUACCUACUCAUGCUAUUGAUGGAUUGUUAAACACCUGGGCCCACACCAAAUUAGAGACUGACCCCUGGUGGAGAGUGGACCUACUGAAAGUCUACAGAGUGAACAGAGUCACCAUCACCAAUAGAUUUGACUAUGCUUCUAGGAUUAACGGGGCAGUGAUUCGUAUUGGAAACUUUCUGGACGUUUACAGCAACACCGUAUGCGGUGUGAUUUCCACUCUUGCGGACAGUGCCACAGCCACUUUCUCAUGCGGUGGGAUGGUGGGACGUUACGUGGUUAUUCACCUUCCUGGAGACGAAAAGUUUCUUACCCUUGCUGAAGUUGGAGUCUACGGGUAUUUGGCAGGAAAUCGUGCAGUAGGAGCAGCCGCAAUUCAGUCUUCAACAUUUGCGGACUGGUUUGCUGAAAAGGCCAUUGACAGUAAUCGCGGCUUCCAGCAGUUAAAUACAACAUGCACCUCAACCCUUAAUGAGUCUAACCCAUGGUGGAGACUGGAUCUGCUUGACGUUUAUCGAGUUCGUGAAGUGGUCAUCACUAACAGAAAUGACAGCUAUGCAGAACAAAUAAACGGAGCGGAAAUUCGCAUUGGAAACUCUUUGGAGAACAACGGCAGCAACAAUCCUAUAUGUGCUGUUAUUUCUACUAUUCCAGCAGGUGAGUCCUACAACUUUUCAUGUAAUGGGAUGGUGGGACGUUACAUGAUUAUUCGUAUUCCUGGGGAUCGUGAGAUUCUUAGUCUUUGCGAGGUUGAAGUCUACGGAUCCUUGGCAGGUAAUUUAUUGCUGUAGAGCUUUGAAUUGAACUCUCUACAUUCAUAUAGA